UCAAAUUUCCCCACGCGCUGCAUGCAGAUGACACCAACAGCGGCCGGCGAGUUAUGUCGUCGGUAUUGGGUGAUGUCGACACCACUGGCCGGCCGGUAGCAUCGGCAGGAACGUAGCUGCAGUUUGCGGCAGAAUUUGAUUCGGAUCGACGAAGAUAGGCGGAGGAUACAGCAAUGCUUGGCCCUUCCACCGAAUGCAGAGCUAGCGGGCUCGCUCGCCAUGGGCACUCUACGGUACCUACUCUGUGUUGUGCCGGCCACAAGGGAAGAGUACCUAAGAGCCGUUAUCGUCGCGGUUGAAGCACAAGCCCGUCAUCUCAGAUGCCGGUGUGCCGCGGUAGGUGGUGUAGAGUUCUCACCGCACUGCUCCCUGCCCAGCUCCUGAUGAGAUCCAUGUCCCUUCCCCCUCUCCCUCCUCCCACGGCAAUUGGGUACGUUUGGGGAACUCCCACCCGCUGGCAAGGGACGCCGUGUCAGAUGAUGACUGAUGAAUUUCCUAGAGCAGUGGAGCCCCCCCACCCGUCGGCUGUGAUAGGAGACACUUGUAAGCCUCGAAGUGGUGAAGAUGUUCCUGUUGCCGGGCACAGCGACCCAAUCACAGCCAGUGGGGGUCCCACCGGGGAAAGGAAUCACCGUUCUUCCUUGUUGCAGAGUUCGCACUCGGUAUCGAUCGUCGUGGCCUUCUGCGUCCAGCGAAAACACCGACACUCUCGCGCACACACACUCUCUGCACUGCAGCAUGUCGAUCGAUAUAGUGGUGGUAGUGGUUUCCCAUCCUCAAACCGAUCAAACUCUGCCUCCUUCAUGUUUCUCCGCCGCUCUAAGGGGAUCCCAAUUCCCCAAUCGUGCCUGAGAAGUGAGCACACGCCGACUUGACGGAUUCCGAAACCGUUGAGUCCUGAGACCUGUUGACGAGGCCUAAGACGGCGCCAAUGAAAGCUCGUCUAGCAACGACGUCAGCGGUAGGGAUGUGGGUGGCCGCGGUGCGUCCGUUCCGGCAGGUUGCUAGGAUCGCGGAGGAGAUAAAGUCAUUCCUUGCUGCAUCCACAGUGCAUCCGAGCUUGGUUUUUCGAGGAGUGGGUUCGGGGGGGUGGACGGGGGGACAUGCUCGGG